CUCUAGUUCUUUAUCAGAAUCCCCAAAAUAAGUAGGAAUGGGCAGCGUCUGCUCACAGUCAGUACACCUUUCCCAUUUGCUAAUACGGCCUGGCCAGGCUGAGAGGAAUCCUUCCCUGCCUUACCCUGGACAGUGAAGCCACUGAGACCAUCGGUAGGCACCAUGCGGCUGCUUCAAGCGACUGUUCUUUUCUUCCUUUUGUCCAACAGUCUCUGCCACAGUGAGGACGGCAAAGAUGUUCAGAAUGACUCUAUUCCAACACCGGCAGAAACUUCCACAACAAAAGCCUCUGUCACAAUACCAGGCAUCGUGUCAGUGACAAAUCCUAACAAACCAGCAGAUGGAACACCUCCCGAAGGAACGACCAAAAGUGACGUAUCCCAAACAUCUUUGGUGACAACAAUUAAUUCACUGACAACACCAAAACAUGAAGUGGGAACAACAACUGAAGGUCCCCUAAGGAAUGAAAGUUCCACUAUGAAAAUAACAGUGCCAAAUACUCCAACUUCAAAUGCUAAUUCAACGCUACCAGGUUCCCAGAACAAGACUGAGAAUCAGAGUUCAAUCAGAACAACGGAAAUAUCAGUUACUACUCAACUACUGGAUGCCUUGCCGAAAAUCACUGCAACAUCCUCUGCAUCUCUAACAACUGCACACACCAUGUCACUGCUUCAAGAUACUGAGGAUAGGAAGAUUGCAACCACUCCAUCAACCACCCCCUCCUAUUCCAGUAUCAUUUUGCCUGUGGUUAUCGCGCUGGUUGUUAUAACACUCUUGGUAUUUACUCUGGUGGGUUUGUAUCGAAUAUGCUGGAAGAGAGACCCAGGCACUCCAGAAAACGGAAAUGAUCAGCCUCAGUCCGAUAAAGAGAGUGUGAAGCUGCUCACUGUUAAGACAAUCUCUCAUGAGUCUGGCGAACACUCUGCACAGGGGAAAACCAAGAACUGACAUCGUGAUGGAUCCUCCCUACACCUGGGCAAUAAAUAUGCUUCAUCUUCAGCUUCUAAACUCCAAGGGUGGAAAGAAGAAAAAGUCCUGAGGAACCAACACAAUUUCCAGUCUUCUCACCAGUCUACACCAGUCACCUGUCUUAGCAAAGGAAUGCCAUAUCACCACCUGAUAGUACCAUAAAGAGCUCUGGAUAUCUCCUGUGUGAGAUGUAGAAAUCGACCUAGUUUUCAGCGACUUUGCUAGGAGGAACUGUGAUCCCCCCAGCCCAGGCAGGUGGGUUCCUGGAAAACAUGCCGUAGUUGAGUUUAGACUUUCCAGGUUUUCUUAGCCUCGAUCCGUGGAGAAACUUGCCUGUUUUCUUUGAGUUCUUGUGUUAGCCAGUGUCAGUAUUUAUUGUUUCCCACUGUGUUAACACAGGAAGAGUUUUGCAAGUGUGUUAAUUAAUGUUAAAUGAUAACUAGAAAUGUUUCCUUUAAUAAAGAAUGGCUGUACUCAGCAUGCUCAACAUCA